CCGACGUCGGAUUUUUGAUGUGGGAUCUGGCAACCCUAGAAUCCGGAAGUGCUCAUUCUCGGAAAGCUGCGCGGGAAAAGCGUCUGUUUGGGUGAGAGCGGGAGAGAUACUGUACACAGAGCAACUGUGUAUCAAUUGUUAAACAACUUUUGUAACUUAUCGAGGUGUCAGGAUGAAGGUGGUAACCUGUGAGAUUGCCUGGCAUAAUAAGGAGCCGGUGUACAGUCUAGAUUUCCAGCAGAGCGGUGAGGGAAAGAUAGAGCGGCUCGCUACAGCUGGAGUGGACACCACAGUACGGAUGUGGCGUGUGGAUAAAGGGCCUGAUGGGAAGGCGGUUGUUGAGUUUUUGUCUAACUUGGCCCGACACACUAAAGCAGUGAACGUAGUGCGGUUCUCACCCACCACUGAGGUCUUGGCUUCUGGAGGGGAUGAUGCUGCAAUCUUGCUUUGGAAACUGAAUGACAAUAAGGAGCCUGAACAAACCCCGACCUUUCAGGAAGAUGAAAAUGAUCAGCUCAAUAAAGAGAGCUGGAGUGUCGUCAAAACGCUGAGGGGACAUAUUGAGGAUGUAUAUGAUAUCUCAUGGACCAGUGAUGGGAAUUUCAUGGUUUCGGGAUCUGUGGACAACACUGCUAUCAUGUGGGAUGUCAACAAGGGUCAAAAGAUGUGCAUUUUUAAUGAUCAUAAGAGCUAUGUGCAAGGAGUAACAUGGGACCCUCUUGGACAGUACAUCAGCACAUUAAGCUGUGACAGGGUGAUGCGUGUGUACAGUGCUCACAACAGGAAAAAAGCUUACAGUGUGAGCAAGAUGACUUCAUCUGCCGCUGCAGAGGGAGAGGUGAAGAACUACAGAAUGUUCCACGAUGACAGUAUGAGAUCGUUCUUCAGACGUCUCACAUUCACACCGGAUGGGUCAUUCCUCCUUGCACCAGCUGGGUGUGUCGAAGCUGGAGAGAAUGUCACAAACACAACAUACGUAUUCUCCAGAAAAAGCUUUAAGAGGCCCAUAGCUCAUCUGCCCUGUCCAUCUAAAGCCACACUGGCUGUGCGCUGCAGCCCAGUUUACUAUGAACUGAGGACAAAAACAGCUGAAGAUGGUUCCCUGAAGCCAGUGUCAAACGCGUUUAAUUUGCCAUAUCGGCUGGUGUUUGCAGUUGCAUCAGAAGACUCCGUCUUCUUUUAUGACACACAGCAGAAGCUGCCUUUUGGAUACGUGUCUAACAUCCACUAUCACACGCUGAGUGAUCUCAGCUGGUCUCGUGAUGGCUCUUUCUUGGCUGUCUCAUCCACUGAUGGCUACUGUUCCUUCGUCUCAUUUGAGGAAGGGGAGCUGGGCACUCCACUGAAGGAGCGACCUCCACUGGAAAUGGUGACCCCAUCCUCUACUAAUGAGAAGAAGGGCAAGAGAUCCUCCGCCAAUGGCAGGACUGCUUCCCCAGUCCCUCGCCAGACCAACACACCUGCACAGGAAAAGGAGAAAGAUGGAUCAGCUGGUACUGUGUCCUCCAAGACCCCCAGCGUACCUGUUCCAGAAGAGAAACACACACCCAAAGCGCUGCAAACCAAACCUCAGCCCAGAAGGAUCACACUCAAUACCCUGGAGGGCUGGGGCAAACCCAGCACCCCCAAAUCACCAGCAACUGCCCCCAACACACCCAAAUCUGCUCCCUCCACCCCUGGAUCCAGCAGAGGACCCCUGACACCUCUUACAGCCCCCAGCACUCCUCUUGGACCCCUCAACUCCAAAAAUACCACAACUCCAAAGGGACCGACUCCUAGACGAAUUUCACUGACUCCAAUUGUAUCCAAAUCCCCCACUCCUUUUGUUACCCCAUCUUCCACUGAGAAAGCCAAGCACGAGAGACCAUCUCCCCCCAGAGACCCAGCGUGCAAACCUCCUGAAUCCAAGAGGUCCAAGACUGAUGUCCCCAAUGGUUCUGCCCAGAGCAGUGAGCACAAAGUGAACACAAAACCCAGCAUCAAACCCCAGGAGCCAUAAACACUGACUGUGGUGCUUUGUCCCUCUUUAGUAGCACUCACAUCAUCAGAUAAGAAGUACACUCAUAAACCAGAACCUUAAACACCUGAUCCCAUGGACAUAUGGAGUAGGGAUGGGCAUUCGAUUAAAUUUUCUUAGUCGAUCGUCGGGAGAAUUAACGAUCGACUAUCGAUUAAUCAUUAAUAUUUUUAUAAUAUAAUUAAUUAUUUAAUUUUUAUAAUAAAAAAAUGCAAUGAAUACAAAAAUACAGCGUGUUUUUCCUCGGUGAGACCUUUAUUACAAGAUCAACUUGUGGCAGACAGUUAAACUACGUUCAGGCAAACCGAACAUAUAUCCGCGUGCAUAUGCAGUGCUCUAAAGCAGCGGAACCUGCAGCUGCUAGCAGGCGUUCUUAACCCUUUCGAGUCGAUUAACGCAUAUAUGCGUUUUGAGUCUGAAUAAAGUGCUUCAUUCUUUUUUCUGAGGAAAUCCAUUUCUCAAAUCAUCAACCACAUCACAUCUUUUUGGGGUGAAUUAUGUCUUAGUCCUCUCAUCGCGAAGCAAACAGUAAAAUAAAAUAAAAACUUGAAGAACAGUCUCGCUGCCUUUUCUUCUGUGUGGGCGUAUUCAAGCCGCGCGCUUCAGUUUGAA